AUGAUUUUUGAGGAUAUUACAGAUCCACACAAGAAACGACUGCGAGCGACGCUAGAAUCUCGUCAAGUAAUAUCCAAAUAUAUAGAGUUGAAGAAAUUUGAAAAUAUUUAUAGAAAUUCAACCAAGAUAGAACAACGUAAACUACGGCAGCCCAAGAUACGAAAAGUUGUUGAAAGGUUAAUCCAUAAUGAGCUCAAACUGAAAGAGAAACCAGAAGAGACAUACGAAGUAUAUCACAACGGCUCGAAUGAGUCAAAGAAGAAAAAGAAGAAAAAAAGACAGCGAAAGAAUGGGGAUAAACAGGAACUGGACUCGGGAUUGGACUCUGGAUUGGGCUUGGAAUUGCACUCGGGAUUGGAUCCGGAUUCGCAACUAGGGACCAAAGUAGCUGCUCUUCUAAAGAAGAUCCAACUGGAGACGGCAAGUGAUGUUGAUUCCGAAUUUGCAAAUGAAGAUGAUGAAAAGUUUGAAGAAUAUGAUAUUAUCAUGUCCAAUAAAUUGGAACAUUAUACAACACAAUUUGAUGGUCACGAGAAGCUUUCUAGAACGAAUUUUCUCAUUCAAUCUAGCGGGAUGGAAACAUUGCCCGUGGAAGUCGCUUCGCUGUCUGAAGUGAGUAAACAUAUUACGAAUUUAAACACUUUACUCCAUUUGAACAUUUUGCGACGAAACUGGGUACUUGCAUAUAAAAUCUUUUGUUUGUUAACCAGAUUCCCCCAAGUUGAUAUCAGGCUUAUCUGGUCUUUAGGAAUAGAGAUUUUGACAAAUCUAUCCACGCAAUAUCCAAACGGAGGAUACGAUAACAAGAUUGAGAAAUUUUAUGAAUACUUGAAUUCUUUUUUUAUGAUUACUCCUCAAAAUUCUAGCUUUUACAAAAAUAAUGAUAAGACAUCAUUGGCACCCGCAUGGAGAUCAGGCACAAAAACAUUGACUCCGCUAUACUUGAUUAAUUCAUUAUGGAAUUUAUUUGUUAAACAAGAAUACGAAACUGCUUUGAAUAAAAUUAAGGAACUUGUGUUAGUGCCCCCGUAUCAUUCAGAAGGGGUAUUAUAUUACAUCUCUGCCUUGUGUUACUUGGGGGAAUGCUGUCAGGUUGUGAAUAAUUAUUUGACGCAGGAGGAGGAUCCACUGGAAGCGACAAUGUCUUUCCAGAAAUGUGAAAAAUCAAUACAACUAAAAAGAACCGAAAUAAACAAAAAUUUAGAGCUCUGUAGUAAGCAUAAGUUUGAAGUGAUGAAGGAAACAUUGCAACUGGAAUGGGAGAAGAUAUAUGAUCAAUUGAAGAAAGCUGACGAUAAAGUUAAAACUAUUGGGAAAACUAAAACUUUUGUUGAUGAAAUUGAGAUUAGUGAUGUUACAAGUGAAGAAGAUGAUGGUAAUGAGUGGGGUGUUAUCUCGGAUGACGAUGAGAAAAACGAGCAAGAAGACCAGGAAGGAAGACCAUUGGAUACAUCAACCGGUCAAUCAACAACAAUGUAUGGAUUUAAUGACAAUGAUGAUACUAGAGUUAUCGAGGUGAAUAACAACGAAAAAGAGUGGGGUGAUUUUCAAUCAGACUUGGAUGUUGAUGACUCAGGAGAAGUAGAAACCGAAAUUGCAACUUCACAGACUGCUAAAAGGAAUAAUGGUAACAUUUACAAUAAUUGGGACUUUACAAUCGAUACGGAGGAAGAGGAGGUAGAAAACGAGAAUGGGUUGCAAGCACUUUCUAAACAAGCAGAUGAUACAUACAAUGAAGAAGCAAAUGAUGAAAUAAAUUACAGUGAUGAAUGGGACCAAAUCGACAAUACUCAAGAAGAAGAAGAAGAAGAAAAAGAAAAAGAAGAAGCUGAUAUUGCUGGAAAAAACGAAGAUAAUGAUGAGGGUGAUGACGAGUGGGAUCAAAUUGAGUCUGAUGAAGAUUGA